AUUACCAACGUUUUGUUCAUUCGCGAUGAACUGCGAGGAGCGUUCGGAUUAUGGAAUUACUUAAGCCGUGGCCAAAAACGUCAAAAGUUGCUCAGCAUUCUACGACGUCUGCGACGACGUGGGUUGCUAGAUUUGUUGCAAAUUAGGAAAACGUUCGGGUCUUUGGAUCACCUUCUAAUCCCGCGACAUUUGCUACUCGAGGCUGCGGACAAACCAUUAGAGCCCGGUUCACGACUAACAGUGUGUGGUCGGGCUCGAGACAAACACCUGGCUCGUGAUUCUACUGGUCGUUGGGGUACUGCUGCUGGUGACGACCGAUCGAAAAACGAGGCUGCCCGUCGAAUGAUGGAGGAGAUUUUAGAUCUCGCUGAGUGGAUCAAUAUUCACCAUCUUCCUCAAUGCACACCGACACUGGAGAUUCGGGAUAGAGAUGGAUUCGGAUUGCGGUUCGAUAUAGAACCUUUGCGGUUUCGUGGUUUCCUAGAGCCGUACACCAAAGACGGAUGGUUAACUCGUUUCAAGCAUUGA